AUGUGCUGCAACUACUACGGUGGCUAUGGCUGUGGCUGUGGCUAUGGCUCAGGCUAUGGCUGCGGAUACGGUUCUGGCUAUGGUUGUGGAUAUGGUUCCCGCUACGGCUGUGGCUAUGGCUCCCGCUAUGGCUGUGGCUAUGGCUCCGGCUAUGGCUGUGGAUACGGCUGUGGCUAUGGCUCCGGCUAUGGCUGUGGAUACGGCUCCCUCUAUAGCUGUGGCUAUGGCCCCCGCUAUGGCUGUGGAUACGGCUCUGGCUAUGGCUGUGGAUAUGGCUCCCUCUAUGGAUGUGGCUAUGGCCCCCGCUAUGGCUGUGGCUAUGGCUCUGGCUAUGGCUGUGGAUAUGGCACCCGCUAUGGGUGUGGAUAUGGCUCUGGCUAUGGCUGCUAUAGCUAUCGCCCAAUUAGCUACACAAAAUGCUAUUCUUCUUGCUUAUAUAAAGGCCCUGGAAGAGCAGAUGACAUUCAGACUUCAGAAUCAUCCUCCUACACUUCAACUAAAACUUCACCUUUGGACACCAUGUACUGCAACUACUACGGUGGCUAUGGCUGUGGCUAUGGCUCAGGCUAUGGCUGCGGAUAUGGCUCUGGCUAUGGCUGUGGAUACGGUUCCCGUUACGGCUGUGGAUAUGGCUCCCUCUAUGGCUGUGGAUACGGCUGUGGAUACGGUUCCCGUUAUGGCUGUGGAUAUGGCUCUGGCUAUGGCUGUGGAUACGGUCCCCGCUACGGCUGUGGAUAUGGCACCCGCUAUGGCUGUGGCUAUGGCUCCGGCUAUGGCUGUGGAUAUGGUUCCCGCUAUGGCUGUGGAUAUGGCUCUGGCUAUGGCUGCUGUAGCUAUCGCCCAAUUAGCUACACAAAAUGCUAUUCUUCUUGUUGUUAG